AUGGAAGAAAAGGAGCACUCAACCAACCUCAUAGCUCACGAUUUCCCCGGCCACAUCCGUGUCUUCACCGAUGGCACAAUCCACAGGCUCACCGGCACCGACGUCGUCCCACCCUCCACCGACCCCCACUCCGUCGUUUCAUCCAAAGAUAUCACCCUCCACACCCACUCCAACAUUAUCCCCGCCCGUCUCUACCUCCCCACCGCCACCACCACCACCACCUUCCCCCUCCUCAUCUACUUCCACGGCGGCGGCUUCUGCUGCUCCUCCCCCUUCUCCACCACCUACCACAACUACCUCACCGUCGUCGUCGCCGACGCCAAAGUCCUCGCCGUCUCCGUCAGCUACCGCUUAGCGCCGGAGCACCCUCUCCCCGCCGCCUACGAGGAUUCCUGGGCCGCGCUCCAAUGGGUCGCGUCCCACCGUAGCAACAAUGGACUUGAGCCUUGGUUGAACAACCAUGCAGAUUUUUCUCGAGUCUUCUUGGCCAGAGACAACGCCGGCGCGAACAUAGCUCACAACUUGGCCAUGUUUGCUGGGGAUUCCGAUUCGGGGCUUGAAAUGGAUCAUCAACUCGGUUAA